UACACUGCUCUGGCCACUGGAGUGAUCCUGUACAAGAAGGCUCAGCCCGCCCCCCCUCUCAAGCUGGACAAGGAUGAGGAGAACUACAUUCGCCGCUACAUUCACCACAAGCAGCAGGAGGCCAAGAAGCCUGAGCUGGCCCGUGUCCCCUAU